GAGCACAUCGUAAAUAAGAGUACCGGGAGAGCAGUUAUAAAUAAAAUUUAAAGAAAGUAAGAUGGAGUCGAACAAUAUAUUUAAUGGUGCAGCUAUCAGCAUAAAAAAGGAACCAGAAGAUAAGUCAUUUGAAGAGUUUGUUAAUACUGACGAAAAUUCGAUCCCUAAGGUUCAGAAAUAUGCCCUUAAUUGUAAAAGUGAACUCGAUGAAGAAAUAGAAAUCGAAUUCGAAUGUAAAAACGAGAAAUCUAGCCUGAAUUCAUUUGUACGUAAGAAAAUUGACGAUUUUUCUCAAUAUCGUUACAAAACACGAAGUAGAAUUAAAAGAGAAUUUCCUAGUGAUAGAGUGAAAAAAGAAAAUAUACGAAGGAAUUCCAAUAAUUUGGAUACGAAUGUCGAGUAUGAACUUAACAGCGAGAUUGAAAUCGAAUUCGAAUGUAAAGAAGAAAAGCCCAACAAGAAUAUAUUAGUAACGCAAUGUAUAAAAAAUAGCGAUGGUUGUGAAAAAAGAAAAAAACAACGUACUAGAGUAAACUCAAAAAAAUUGGAUAAAAAUGUCGAGUGUGAAAUUCGUGAUAUAAAAACUACAACAAAAUUCAGAUCACGAAAUAAAAGAAUGCAAAAAGAUGCGCACAUUGACGAAGCGCAAAACAGUACUAGCAUUGGUCAUGCUUGUGACAAGUGUGGAAAGGUGUUUUCUAAUGCGAGCAAUCUUAAACUGCACAUCGAGUGGGUGCAUGAUAAAUUAAUCGCGCUCACGUGUGAUACGUGUGGAAAGACUUUUGCACGUAAGGGUGACGUCAAAAAACACAUCCUACAUCUCCAUAAUGAUGGUAAGAUCACCUACUCGUGUCCUACGUGUGGAAAGACGUACCCACAACCGACCAGUCUCAAAAGCCACAUCAACUCGGUGCACAAAAAAGUUACUUAUGCAUGCGAUUUGUGCAGAAAGAAUUUCACAACCAUAGGUUCUCGUAAAAACCACAUCGACACGGAGCACAAUUGUAUGACCUACGAAUGUGAUAUUUGCAACAAGGUAUACCUACGUCAAACUUCUCUCAAAAGGCACAUCAGGGUGGCGCAUAGUAAAAGUAAUAUGAAGUAUGAAUGUAAUGAAUGUGGAAAGAAGUUUGCAUCCAAGGAAGUUAUCAAAUCUCACAUGAAAUCGCACAACGGCGUGAAGCAGCCUUGCAAUAUAUGUGGAAAAAAAUUGUUACAUCUCAAUAUUCACAUGAAUGUGGUGCACAGUGUUACCUUGUAUACAUGCGAUGUAUGCGGUAAGACGUUCAAAAGGAAAGGUGCUAUCGCAGCCCACAUCGACGUGAAACACAAUGGCAACGCUCCUAAGUGUGGAAUAUGCGGUAAAACGUUUGCAAAAAAGAGUUGCGUCAAAGUCCACGUCGAUAAGUUGCAUAAGAAAAUUACAUAUUCAUGCGAUACGUGCAGAAAGAAGUUCAAAAGCAAAGAAUAUCUGAAAGUUCAUAUCGAUGCAGAGCAUAAUGGUAUCACUCACACCUGUGGUACGUGCGGAAAGACGUUCGGUUACAAGCAAAAUCUCAAAGCUCACAUCGAUGCGAAGCACAGCGCUCGCGCAUUUGAAUGCGAUGUUUGCUUCAAAAAAUUUUCAGUGAAAAGUCAUUUAAAAAAACACAUCGACUUUGUGCACAAUGGUACCAAACAUCCGUGCGACAUAUGUGGAAAAACAGUAGUAGAUCUCCAAGACCACAUCAAUCGGGUGCACAAUAAUAAAUUCUACACAUGUAACGACUGUGGUAAGACAUUUACCCGUAAAUGUCGUCUACUUGACCACAUCAAUGGUAUUCAUAUUGGUAACACUCAUAAAUGCAUUGCAUGUGGAAAGGAAUUUAGUCUUAAGGAAAAAUUCCAAGCUCACCUCAAAACGGCGCAUAAUUUAAACUCCAAAAAAUGUCCAUGCGAUAAAUGCGGGAAGAUAUAUACAUCUAAGGCAAACCUUCAACGACACAUCGCUGAUGUGCAUGAAAAAACCACUUACGCAUGCGAUAUAUGUGGAAACACAUUUACCCUCGAGGAAAGACUUAAAAGGCACAUCAUUAAGAUACACAUGAUUAUUAGGCAUCCAUGCGACGUAUGUGGAAAGAAAUUUACUGACAAGAGUAAACUCGACGAGCACCUUAAAUCAUCGCAUCGUGGUAAAAUUUAUACGUGUGAUAAGUGCGGAAAAGUUUUUUCACAAAAGUGUAAUCUGAAUGAGCACGUUAGAUCAUCGCAUAAAGGUGUUACUUAUGCGUGUGUUCAAUGCGGGGCAAAAUUUACAAAUAAGAGUUAUCUCAAGGUCCACAUCAAUACCAAGCAUAACGGUAUCACAUUUACAUGUGGUUUAUGCGGAAAGACAUACUCGCAACGAAACAGUCUCAUUAAACACGCAAAACAAAAGCAUGAUGGUGUCAUUGUUGUGGCGAAGUAGCUCCAACUUAAUUAAGACGGCGAGCAGAUCGUACUUAUUAGCUCGUGUUAUAUAACAACAGACAUAUUUAAAUUAAUUAAGGUUAUUUACUUAAUUUUAUGAGUUAUGACAAAUUUAAAUUGUGCAUGUCAAAUAGAUUUUGUAUCGUACAAACAAAUUAUGUGGUUAAGAAAAAGUUUAAAAUUUUAAAUACUUGACAAUUGUUUUCCAUUAAUAUUUGCUUCUUUGAAGGUGGAUGUUAAUGGAUCAGCAGAAAACUCUGAUUAAUUAUAACAAAAAUUUGUCUUCGAAAAAUUUUUCUCAAUUUCUUUUAAAAUAACCAAGUGUUGAAUAAACUUUUUCGAAUUGAGUAGGUUUUCAUACCUUUCGCACGUGAAUACACAUAGAAACUUAUAUUUAUUUACUAAUAUUUAUUAUGAAUCUAGUGUAUAAUUUAUAACGGUAGAACAGCGGUCGGUGCAACGUCUACGGCAUCAACAUAUUUCUGAUUCAAUAAAGA